AUGGCAGACUAUGGUCUGCCCGAUUCUCGCUAUUAUGGUGCAAGGCCACCUCCUCCACAGCAUGGAGGUCCGGCCGACCAAAGAGAUACUGCCUUCCAUAAUAUCUUUGGCGGUGCUCCUCCUCCGGGGAGAUCCCAGACAAUGACAACACAGUCUGCGGGUGGCAUGUAUGAUCGGCUGCCCAGCAUGACCAAUAUGAGUUCGCAACACCAACCUCAUACCAUGUCCAUGAGACAGGGACCCCCUCCUCCAAUGCGUCAGAUGCCUCAAUCCUACGAUCGCUCCAACGGCAUUGCUCCGGGCCAGCCUUAUACAAAUGGCGCCAACAGUACAAGACCGGCGCCACACAAUCCCGCGCCCAUGUUUCCUGACCGACGACCUUAUCCUCCGCCUCAGCGGAUAGAUGCGCGACCUAAUGGCCCAUCUUCAAUGUCGAUGUCGAACUAUGAUCGGAGGCCUGUUCCCAACCGAAUGCCUCCUCCAGCAUUGAACAAUGACGGUUACAGAUCGCGGUCCAUGGUGAGGCCUGGAGAGCCGACCAUGGGCUAUCGUCCGCCACCCAGUAGCUUCCAGCAGGGUACAGCCAGUGCUUUCAGACAGCAACCUUAUGCAGGAGUGGGUGGCUCAAGGACGACAGCCCAAGGCAGACACAUACCGGAAAGAGUUGAUGGGGAUAGAUCCAUGUCGAUGGGAUCGUACGCUUUAGAUCGAGAUCAUACACAGCAACUCACAAGUGGCAGAGUCGUGCCUCAUCGUCGCCGCGAAUCAGAAUCAGACCCUUUCGCAGAUCACCAUGCCUCAUCUAAUGGCUCCUUUAGCUCCACCAAUUCUCCAGGAUACGGUAUCACUCCACGGUCGCGGCGCCCUAGUGAAGGAAGUAAUCCCCCGCGCACUGUGUCUGCCGCUUCUGCCACCUCAGCUUCGUCUGACUUGACGCCGACAACCACCAUGAAUGGAUCUCGCAACGACAGCUUGAUGAGUAGACCGACAGGCUCGGCCCAUUCAUCGGCCAGCCAGACAACGACCGUCGUCCAAAGAAAGUCGCCCCUAGUCUACCCUGCCCUUCUGUCACGCGUUGCAAGCGCUUUUCAGGAAAGAAUCGGCGUCGGCGACAGAAGCAAGAAUGACCUUUCUUACAAGAAUGCCUUCACAGGAGCUGAGGCUGUUGACUUAAUCGCCUACAUCAUCAAGACAACCGACAGGAACCUUGCGCUACUUCUCGGACGAGCCCUUGACGCCCAAAAGUUCUUUCACGACGUUACCUAUGAGCAUCGACUCAGGGAUGCCCCCGGAGAAGUUUACCAGUUCCGAGAAACGAUGGGAGAAGAGGCGUCCUCGAAAGAUGUCAACGGUGUCUUCACCUUGCUGACAGAAUGUUAUUCUCCAACUUGCACCAAAGACCAUCUCUGCUACUCGAUCGCAUGUCCUCGGCGGCUGGAACAGCAAGCACGCCUGAAUUUACGGCCGCAGCCCGGAUUACGACAUUCAAACUCGAGAGGCAGCUUACACGGCGAGGAAGAUCAAGAACAGAAGCUCUGGAUCAAUAGCGUGCCAAAGGAGGUUGCGGACAAGAUUGAUGACAGAGAGAAGAAGAGACAGGAAGUCAUCUCAGAGAUCAUGUACACAGAACGUGACUUUGUCAAGGAUCUGGAAUAUCUCCGCGAUUUCUGGAUAAGGCCACUUCGCGGCGCUGGCAAUGUCAUGUCUCCAAUAAAAGAGGAGAGGCGAGAGAAAUUUGUCCGCACCGUCUUCGGCAACUGUCUAGAGGUUCUUGCAGUGAAUGGCAGGUUUGCGGAGGAGUUGUCAAAGCGGCAGAAAGAACAACACGUGGUGCACACUAUUGGUGAUAUCUUUCUCAGAUUUGUGCCGCAAUUCGAUCCUUUCAUCAAAUACGGAGCGAACCAGAUGUACGGCAAAUACGAAUUCGAGAAAGAGAAAGGCGCCAACCCAGCUUUCUCGCGGUUCGUUGACGAGACUGAGCGCCUCAAGGAGUCCAGAAAGCUCGAGCUGAACGGAUACCUUACCAAACCAACAACGCGAUUAGCCAGAUACCCACUCCUGCUGGACAAUGUAUUGAAAUACACAAAAGAUGACAACCCAGACAAAAAGGAUAUACCCAAAGCCAUCGGCCUGAUUAAGGAUUUCCUGGCUCGAGUCAAUGCGGAGAGUGGCAAAGCUGAGAAUCACUUCAACUUGCUUCAGCUCAAUCAACAGCUCAAGUGGAAUGCGGGAGAGUACACGGAUCUGAAACUUACUGAGGAGAAUCGGGUCAUUCUGACCAAGAUGAGCUUCAAGAAGUCUCCCACCGACAGCGCAGAAGUACAAGUAUACCUCUUUGAUCACGCGGUGCUCAUGUGCCGUGUUAAAACUGUCAACAAACGAGAGGAACUUCGAGUGUACAGAAAGCCGAUUCCACUGGAGCUCCUCGUUAUUGCCGAAAUGGAUCAAGUCAUUCCCCGCCUGGGUCUUGCAAAGCGGUCCUCGUCUAGUCUCAUCCCUGGCAACAAACCAUCCACUUCAAGCACCCCCGGUCAGAAAGAGGUGUACCCCAUUACUUUUCGACAUCUUGGAAAAGGUGCAUAUGAGCUUCAACUAUAUGCCACCUCCAUCACACAACGCAAAAAGUUUAUUGAACUAGUGGAAGAGCAGCAAAGCAAACUUCGCGAUCGAAGCAGUGCCUUCUACACCAAGACUAUUUUGUGCGAAAAUUUCUUCAAUGCUCAGAACCGGGUCAACUGUCUCGUGCCAACCGAUGGAGGCCGCAAGCUCAUUUAUGGAACUGACAACGGUAUUUACAUCGCUGAUCGAUGGCCAAAGGACAAGACCAUCAAGCCGAAGCGCAUUCUCGACGCCACUCAGGUUUCCCAAAUCGACACGCUGGAAGAGUAUCGGCUACUGCUGGUGUUGUCAAACAAAACACUCACUUCAUAUCCUUUUGACGCACUGGAUCCGAAUAACCAGAACCCACUGGCGACAAGACCGCGCAAGAUCCAGGGGCAUUCCAACUUCUUCAAAGCGGGAAUUGGAUUGGGGCGACAUUUGGUGUGCUCUGUGAAGACCUCGGCAUUAUCCACCACCAUCAAGGUAUACGAGCCCAUGGACGAUCUUACUAAGGGUAAGAAGAAGCCGGCAAUCAGUAAGAUGUUUGCCAGUGGCCAAGAUGCUCUGAAGCCUUUCAAGGAAUUCUACAUCCCAGCUGAAUCGACAUCAGUACACUAUCUCCGCUCCACUCUAUGUGUUGGCUGCGCCAGGGGUUUCGAAGUCGUCUCGCUAGAGACCACCGAGCGACAAUCCCUGCUCGACCAAGCCGAUACAUCGCUUGACUUUGUGACGCGCAAAGAGAACGUCAAACCCAUCCACAUUGAACGUCUUAACGGCGAAUUCCUGCUCAACUAUUCCGAUUUCAGCUUUUUCGUUAACCGCAACGGAUGGCGUGCAAGGCAGGACUGGAAGAUCACGUGGGAGGGAACACCGCAAGCCUUUGCACUGAAUUAUCCGUACAUCCUCGCCUUUGAGCCAUCUUUCAUCGAGAUACGGCAUAUUGAGACGAGCGAGUUGAUUCACGUGAUGACGGGCAAAAAUGUGCGGAUGUUGCACUCGAGUUUGAGAGAGAUUCUGUAUGCUUACGAAGACGAGAACGGCGAGGAUGUGAUUGCUAGUCUUGACUUCUGGACCCAGGCUCAAGGCAGUUAG